AUGCAGGUGCUUGCUUUGGUCCCGGUCAGCCAGUUCCUGGGCUCCCUGUACGGGGCUCAUCCGGGCCUCUGCAAUGUACUGAUUGACACAGUCUUCUCCCUAGCGGCGGCGCUCUUUGCAUUCGUCAUCCUGCCCGCUGGAGACUUCAUCAUCGGACAGGAGCCCCCUGAAGCGGACCCAAAGACUGGUGCAAUGGAGAAUGAGGGAGCGUACAGGGCAGUGCUGUACACUUGUGUGGCCGCGCACUGGAUCACUCUGCUUACCGCUGUGGCAGUCGUAGGCACCACGCACAUCAACCCCCUUCCCCUGAUUGGGCUGGCGUUCAGCCUGGGGUGCGAGGGGGGCCUGCUGUUCACGGUGGCACAUGAGCUGCUGCACAGCCUGCGGCCCCUGGACAAGGCGCUGUCAAACCUGCUGCUCUGCUCCGUCGGCUACAUGCACUGGACCUACAGCCACCUCGCCCACCACCGCAACGUGGCGACACUGAAGGACCCUGCGUCUGCGCGGCUGGGCGAGUCGCUAUACACGUUCAUGCCUCGCAGCGUGGUGGGCAAUCUGCGCGACGGCGUUGUCAUGGAGAGGGAGCGCCUCCGCGCGCGCAGCAUCCCCUUCCUCUCCCUCCAAAACAGGCGCGCACCGCAGUUGCUGAUGCUGUGGUGGGUGGGUGUGCCGGCGGGGUUACUAACAGCGGUGGGGGCGCUGUUUGGGCCUCUUGCCGUGGGUCUGGGAGUGGCACAAGCGCUGACGGCCAUCUUCAUCCUGGAGGACGUCAACUACAUCGAGCACUACGGCCUUCAGCGCUCCCUCACCCGCUCCGGCCGGUUGGAGCGGACGACCGCAAAGCACUCGUGGAACGGCAAUUGGCUGGUGACGAACAGCGUCAUCUUCCGCCUUCAGCGCCACUCCGACCACCACGCCCACGCCUCCCGCCCCUACCAGGCGCUGCAAAACAUCCCAGAGGCGCCGCAGCUUCCCGCCAGCUACCCGGUCAUGAUGAUUUUGGCGCUGUGCCCACCCCUUUUCAGCCACAUCAUGGACCCCCGUGCUAUGGCCUACUCAGGCAAGACCGUGAACAAGUGA